CGCCCCCCCCUCUGCCUCCCCCCCUUCGCCUCCCUCCCGCCUUCGGCGAAGGGGGGCAGGAGUGGGCCGCGUGAGCUUACCAGUGGCCACAGGGUCCAUGCAAUGGACAGCCUACAGCAGCCGAAGGGGGGUGUGAAACCACGACUGGGCAUGCAGAGCGGCCGCAGGAGACGGAGGAGGGGGGGGGAGACCCCUCCGACGCCGCCGCCGCCAGUGCCGCCAGCACCAGACCGCGCAGGCCGCGUUCGGACGACCGGCAGCAGGCGCCUGGCCACCCAGGUCGUGCCCGGGACGCCGGCGGGAGACGCCGCAGUCCCCGGAGCAGCUGCGCAGGCCCCUGCUCGACGUCGCCACCCAGCGGCGUGCGGAGGCCCGCACCGGGCCCGCUCGCCGCCCUCACCUGGCGCCCCGCCUCUCCCUCGCAGUCACCCUGGCUCAGGAGGCCUCUCGUGGGGCGGCCCGCCGGCAGCGCCCAUGCGCGGCCGCCGCCGAGCGCGGCUGCUGGCCCCCGCGGUGGCCGCGGCCCUCGUGGGCGCCGAUGCGGCGCAGCCCCAGCGGCCCCCGCGGGUCGCCGACGGGGCCACCGACUUCGGCGGAGGGAGCGCCGACGCGCCUGGUCACGGCCAGCCCAUGCAGGAGAACGGCCUGCCGCAGCCAGUGGACGUCGUGACGGGAGACGUCACGUGGGAGGAGUUCUGGAGCAGGUACGUGCGGGCCAACCGCCCGGUCGUGCUGAGGGGCCACGCCGCGAGGCAGCGGGCCUUUGGGCUGUGGACCGACGCCUACCUGGCCGAGCGCUGGGGGUCCAGGGCGAUAAGUGUAGAGCUGAACAAAUCCGAGGAGCGUGGAGGGCCCACGACCAAGAUGGCUUUCCGAGACUUCUUGCACAGAAUAUACGAAGACGAGAACAAAGACAGUUUCUAUGCCGUCAUCGAUUUCGAAAACGACAAGUCCGCCCUCAACGACUUCGACAUGCCGGAACCUGUGGACUGCAAGGAGGUUGUCCCCCAGUCGCUCACUCUCUGGAUGAGCUCAGGGGGCACCUCGUCGGUCCUGCACGAGGACGAUGCGGAGAACUUCCUGAUGCUGCUUGCGGGGAGGAAGCACGUCAUGCUGGUGCACCAGGACCAGGCGAGGAACAUCUACUCGCACAUCCCGCGGCAGACCGGCACCUCGCCGGUGCACCAAGACGCCGUGGACUUGGAGGCGUUCCCGCGCUUCGCGAAUGUCUCCUGGCUGCGGGGCACCCUGGAGCCAGGCUUAAGUCGGGCCUGUCCCUCUACAGGGGAAUAGUCAAAAAUAGUGAAACAAUUGUUGGGGGACGAUCUUUAGAUUACUUUGGAAGAUUUUGGAGGUAUUUUUGGACUAUCUUUCCUUUCUGGUCCAAAGUACGCCCGUAGGGGGGUAUGCCCGACCCAGAGCCAGGCGACACCCUGUACAUUCCCCACACCUACUGGCACCAGGCCUCCAGCAGGGGCACUUCUAGCAACACCCGAAGGUGGUGUCCUCCGACCGCAACGUGGCGGUGAACCUCUGGUGGGGGCACGAGGCGUCCGGUCAGGGAGUUCCUGGGCCCCUGUGCGCCUCCCUCGCGCUUUCCCUGCCCGCUCUGCCCCUGUGCCUGUCCUUGCCGUCGGGUGCCCUCCUGAACUUCUGUGUGUUUGAGUUCCAUCCUGAGUGGUCUCUCCCACCCCCACGCUUCCUUACAACUUUCAGCGACGGAUGUCUCGGCUCGAGCAGCGAAGUGUGCACAUGCUCUCUGCUCUCUUUUUCGGGGGAGGGAAAGCCCACCCGGGCCGGACCAUUGGCGUUUACCGAGCGGCCCCGCCCUGUUCGAUUCCUUCUCUGGGCGCGUUUGCUAAACGGCCUCGCUCGUCGGGGUGGUUACUGUGGGGGUGGAUUUUUUGCCCUCUACCCUCGCUUCCUGCCCGUCCUGCCCCUUGCCUCGCCUCGAUCCCUGUCCUGGCACUGCAGAUGCUCUCUGCUCUCUGAUGUGCACCUUCUGACGAUCAGCGCCCCCCCUUCCCCGAGACACCUUCCUUCAGACCUGGUCGGCCCCUGCUUCAUUCUGCUUCGCCCUGCGCAACUCGCCCUCGGUUACCGCACGCCAGCAUGUGUCCGCCUUUUGCCCAUUUCUGAUGUGUCGAGCAUUCCGAGGGAGCUGGGCAGCUGAAAUAGGGUCAACGUGGACUCCGC